CUAAAUAUAAUUUCGUGUUAUCGAUUCAUACAAUAAAAGUUCAGUUUUCACGAUGCAGUGGAUUGUGCUUAUUCUACUGAUCGGUUACUCGCAGUGCAGCCUGUGGAAGGACGGUAUCGUUCAUUAUACGAUUAAUACACAAGACUAUGAUGCCCACUCUCAAGAUAUAAUACAGAAGGUACUGUCAAGUAUCCAAAAUGAGACCUGCGUGAAGUUUUUCAUCGUGGAUGGAUCAGCGAACGCCACGUACGAGAAACUGCUGUACAUCAGUAACCCUGAGAAGAGGAAGACUUGCCCGCCGGCGACCUAUGACUACACGAAAAAUAUUAUUAACAUGCCUAUCGGAUACAAGUGUUUGAACCGGAGGGAUAUCGCCAGAAUAACUGUGGACAUGCUACGGGCCAGCAUCGAUAACAGUGUUACACCGAUCAACAGCUACGACUUGCUUAUGCGGUUUAAGGAAAAAAACAAACCAGUAUCAUCACUCCUAUCUACGCCUGAUAGGAGCUACAUCAAUGCCCAUUACCACCACGAAUGCGAGGCUCUAUCCAAGGUGGUGGGGUACCGGCGGUCGUUGCGGUCAAGCCAGCUCAGCGAGGCCAACGCCAAGUACUAUGAGGACAAGAUAUGGCCGCUCGCGAUAGUGUUAUAUGGUGUUGAUGUGGAACUACGUGGAAGUGGCGACUACGAGCAGCUGAUGUACGCGAUGACGACGAUCCAGCGGCUGACGUGCGUGGUGUUCCAGGAGGUGAACUACAUGCAGCCCGCGCUGCCCCAGAGCGUGAUCUGGUUCGCCAAGGACGGCGCUAGUGAGCCCAGAUAUGGGUUCUAUGAGGAGAAACAGACAGUCAGUCUGUCGUCUAUGGUGCGCGGCGCGGCGGGUCACUCGGCGCACGCGCUCAACAACCUGCUGCGCGCGCUCGGCCUCCACAUGAUGUCCAACCGCUACGACAGAGACAACUACGUAGUCGUCAACUGGAGGAACAUACAGACUGGCAAAGAAAUAUACUUCGAGAAAGCCCCCGAAGAGGCGUGGGUGGGGGAGAUACCCUACGACUUCGCCAGCGCGACGCACGCGCCCGCCAACUACAUGUGUGACGUGUGCGACCUCGGCGACACCACCGUGCAGCCCAUACAGGAUCCCCUGUGGCAGCGCACGAUGCUGAUGGGUCACACGCAAGAGCUGAGCGACGCCGACUUGAAACUCAUCAACAUAUUGUACAGCAAGCAGUGUAGCAGCAGAUUGUCUUAGAAUAAACUUCAGUGAUAGAAA